CUCAAAUGGCACCCACACGCCAUUAACCAUCGCGAACAAGCGCACACGCAAGCUCAAAGCUCGGUUCAAUCCGCGGCGCACCGUACCCCGGGUGCGUCUAUAUAAACACGUGCGGCAUGGCUCUUCUGCUCAAGCCAUCACCAAGCAGCAGCACCCAAACCUGUUGUGGUUGUAGCACAGCAGCAGCACAAAGCCCUCUCGUCCUCGUCCUUGCCUCCUCUCCCUCCUCGUUGAGCCGCCGCCCGUUGCCGUCGCUGCCGAUCCAGCUCGGCCGGCCGCGGCGCGGACGAGGGAAAGGGAAGAGGAUCGCCAUAGGUUGCGUGGCGUCGGCGCGGUCGGAGGCGCCGAGCAGCAGCACAUCAGGCAGUAGCAGUGCGGCCGCGUCGGGUUCGGCGGCCAUGGCGGCGGGGGCGGCGCGCGUGAAGGCGGUGGCGACGAUCAAGGCCACCGUGGGCGGGUUCCUGGACAGCCUGCGGCCGUCCAGGGCCAUCGACGACGUCAAGGACCUCAUCGGCAGGUCGCUCUACCUCGAGCUCGUCAGCUCCCAGCUUGACGCAAAGACGGGGCAGGAGAAGCCCACCCUCCGGAGCUACGCGCACAAGGUGGCGGACGACGACGACGAGGUGGUGGCCUACGAGGCGGACUUCGACGUGCCGGCGGACUUCGGCGCGGUCGGCGCCGUGCUGGUCACCAACGAGCACCACGCGGAGAUGUUCCUCGAGGACAUCAGGCUGAUGCCGUCCUCCUCCGACGACGACGGCGCCCCGCUCCUCGCCAUCCGGUGCAACUCGUGGGUGCAGCCCAAGUCCGGCGGCGGCGGCGACGCGCCGGGGAAGCGCGUCUUCUUCGCCAACAAGCCUUACCUGCCGAGCCAGACGCCGCCGGGCCUCCGGAGCUACCGGAGGAAGGACCUGGAGCAGAAGCGCGGCGACGGCCGCGGGCAGCGGAAAUCCACCGACCGUGUCUACGACUACGACACCUACAACGACCUCGGCGACCCCGACGACGGCGCCGACAAGGCCCGGCCGGUCCUCGGCGGCAGCAAGCAGUUCCCCUACCCGCGCCGCUGCCGCACCGGCCGGCCCAUGUCCACCAAAGACCCGAAGACGGAGACGAGGAGUGGCGACAACUACGUGCCGAGGGACGAGGCGUUCUCGGAGGAGAAGCAGCUGCAGUUCUCGGUGAAGACGCUGCGGUCGGUGCUCCGCGCCGCCGUGCCGGCCGUGCAGUCCACGCUCAUCGACCCCGACCUCGGCUUCCCGUCCUUCUUCGUCAUCGACAAGCUGUUCGAGGACGGGGUCGAGCUGCCCAAGGCCGAGCAGCUCGGAUUCCUCGCCGGCGUCCUGCCCCGCCUGCUGCAGAAGCUCCGCGACAGCCCCGGCGACCAGGUCCUCCUCUUCGACAGGCCCGCCAAUGUCAAGAAGGACAAGUUUGCAUGGUUGAGGGACGGGGAGUUCGCGAGGGAGACGCUUGCCGGGAUGAAUCCGUACGCAAUCGAGCUCGUCAGGGAGUUCCCUCUGAAGAGCAAGCUCGACCCGGCGGUGUACGGGCCGGCGGAGUCGGCGAUCACCGCCGAGGUGCUGGAGCAGCAGAUGGGGCGAGUGAUGACGGUCGCCGAGGCGGUGAAGCAGAAGCGGCUCUUCAUGCUGGACUACCACGACCUGUUCCUGCCGUACGUGCACAAGAUCCGGGCGCAGGAGCACACCACCAUGUACGGCUCGCGCACCGUCUUCUUCCUCUGUGACGACGGCACGCUGCGGCUGCUGGGCAUCGAGCUCACCCGGCCGGCGUCGCCGGCGCAGCCGCAGUGGAGGCGCGUGUUCACCCCGUCCACGGACACCACCGAGUCCUGGCUGUGGCGGAUGGCCAAGUCCCACGUCCGCGCGCACGACUCGGGCCACCACGAGCUCGUCAGCCACUGGCUGCGCACGCACUGCGCCGUGGAGCCGUACAUCAUCGCCGCGAACCGGCAGCUCAGCGAGAUGCACCCCAUCUACCAGCUGCUCCACCCGCACUUCCGCUACACCAUGCGGAUCAACGCGCUCGCACGGACGGCGCUCAUCAACGCCGGCGGCAUCAUCGAGCUCUCGUUCUCGCCGCAGAAGUACGCCAUGGAGCUCAGCUCCGUCGCGUACGACCAGCUCUGGCGCUUCGACACGGAGGCCCUCCCUGCCGACCUCAUCCGCAGGGGGAUGGCCGAGGAGGAUCCCAACGCGGAGCACGGCCUGAAGCUCGCGAUCAAGGACUACCCGUUCGCCAACGACGGCCUGCUGAUCUGGGACGCCAUCACGGGCUGGGUGCAGGCGUACGUCUCGCGGUUCUACCCUGACGCCGGCGGCGUGGCCGGAGACGCGGAGCUGCAGGCGUUCUGGGCGGACGUGCGCACCGUGGGCCACGGCGACAAGAAGGACGCGCCAGGGUGGCCAGCGCUGGACUCGCCGGACAGCCUGGCGCACGCGCUGACGACCAUCAUCUGGGUCGCGUCGGCGCACCACGCCGCCGUCAACUUCGGGCAGUACGACUUCGGCGGGUACUUCCCCAACCGGCCGUCCAUCGCGCGCACCAACAUGCCGGUGGAGGAGCCCGUCGACGCUGGCGCGCUCGCGGCGUUCCUGGACAACCCGGACCUGGCGCUCCGGGAGUGCUUCCCGUCGCAGGUGCAGGCGACGCUGGUGAUGGCCGUGCUGGACCUUCUGUCCACGCACUCCCCCGACGAGGAGUACCUCGGCGGGCUGGAGACCGCGCCGUGGAGCGACGACGCCGGGGUGCAGGCGGCGUACGGGGAGUUCAACGCGCGGCUCAAGGAGAUCGAGGGGAUCAUCGACGGGAGGAACGCGGACAGGAGGCUCAGGAACCGGUGCGGCGCCGGCAUCGUGCCGUACCAGCUCAUGAAACCCUUCUCCGAGGCCGGUGUGACGGGCAAGGGCAUCCCCAACAGCACGUCCAUCUGAGUUCUUAGAGCUUAGAGGGCACCUAUGGGGUUUCAUCAGAUCCAGAAACUAAUCGAACAUUGCAAUAAACUUACUAAGACGAUGUAUAUGGAUUGGUUUUUCUUUACAUUUUUAUGCUGGAGUAUUCAUGCUAGCCUUUGAUUCACAAAUAAUGUAUCUGAAAACAGGUUCCUGUA